UUCACGUGCCAAUGUCCGCUCAUCGUUCAUAACAUGUAUACAAGAAGCAGAAGUACUCUAGAUUUUGCAUAAAUGACAGUUAUCAUAUCAUAUGUUUGGUUACGAGAUACACAACGAGGUACCGUUAUGAAGGUACUUCCUGAGUGGUUUUAAAAGUAAAGCAGGCGUGGUUUGGCUAUUACAGACAGAGUCACUGCAAUUCUGCAAAUAAAUCAUCGUCAAAUCUCCCGGGUCUGCCAGGCUUAGAUCUCCAAUCAACGACUUCUUACAGACGAUGCCUUCGUAAACAUAAGCUUCUCACUGAACUGUAGCAAGUUAGAUACGUUCCGACUUCGAGCCUAAGUGGUAAUAACGACUCUCCGACGGCAUAGAUUUCGUCGCGAUAAUAAUCAUCAUGUCUGUAGGUCAUUACUCCGUCAUCUUGAUCGUUCUUUGUACAAUUCCAUGUUUUUUUGCAACGCCAUUCCUAAUGAACUUCCAAGAAUAUCGCCGGUCUGUGAAUGAAAGUUAUGAGCCGCAAGUUACAGAUAAAAAGGAGCAAAAUACUGUUGAUCGACUUCUUAAACAAAUCGAAAUACACGCUGAUUCGAUCAGUGUAGACGAAGACUCGCCUCCACAAAUCGUUGAUACUUUGUUUAGCUCGAUUAAACAUAUUGAAAACAAUGGCUCUAAAGGAUUCGACGGAAUAUCUGUUAGACGGAGACGCAGCGGUAAAUUAGGCAUACAAGGAAACAGAGCAAAGUCUGCACGUCGACAUGGUCGUAAGUGGCCUAGAAUGAACAAUGUGUAUUUGAACAUUUCGACAAUGAAAACAUUUCCGUACAAAAAUGCCGUACGUGUCGGAGCUUCAAUUUUCCAAUCGCCGGGUUGCACAGGCUAUUUGCUAGACAAUCGACACGUUUUGACCGCGGCACAUUGUAUCCACGAUGGUAAAAACUUUUCAAUACAUCUACGCAGCAACAACAUGCGUGUAACUGCGAUUAACGAUAGACCCGGUAAAAUCAGAUUUAUCAUCUAUAACAUUACAAAUGCACGUGUGCCCACAGGUUGGUUAAAACCAACUUCGUCUGCCGUCGGUGGUCACUGGAAGAACUUUGACUACGCAAUUCUAACCCUAUCAACAAACAAUCGUCCAGAGUUAUCGACAGGCAACGACGUACGCUUCGGCAUGCCCAAUUACAAAGACGGAAUCGCUACAGUCAUCUCAUACACUUGGUACCGGCGGAGUUUUCAACCUGUUAAAACUACUUGUAAGAUUCCUAAAAAUGGUUUCUCGCAAUCAGGCAAUCGCCUAAUGACAAAAUGCAAUGCUGAGUUGGGCAGCUCUGGUUCAGCCGUCUUUAUGAACACCAUUCGAGCUGGAGACAUAAUCGCAGGGAUUGUAUCGCACAGAUACGACACUUUCGAAGUUAUUAACAUUUUAACGUCUGCCAAAGUUGAGAACAUUUGCUCAAUGAUUGCUGGUGAUCUUUCGCAUAGAGAUAUACCUACGAAGCUGCCCACAACUUGCCAGAAGAACGGCUACAAAAAACACCAAUUACUUCGAUCCAACUACGUCUCAUUUUCAGGCAACUUACGGUUUCAUCGGCAUUCGCAAAGACGAAAACAAUAA